AUGACAUCAUAGAAUCUGAUUCAAAGUAACACGUGUGAGCAACAGCAAAACCCAAAAAGCAAGCUCAAUCAUCACUGUGAAGCGGCCAAGUCUGCCACUACAAAACAGUACACGGAAAUCGGAGGUUAUAGACUUCACCGUCGAUGGAAGCUAGACUAAAGAAUCUGACACGGUCCAAAUGGGUGUCUACGGUGGCGAGCAUAUGGAUACAGUGCACCAGCGGCACCCUAUACACCUUCUCCGUCUACUCUCAGACCCUCAAGAUCACACAGGGCUACGAUCAGUCAACUCUCGACACUGUUUCUGUGUUCAAGGACUUUGGAGCCAACUGUGGGAUUCUGUCUGGUGUUCUCUAUUCUUAUAGUGUCUUGUGGGCUGGACCUUGGGUUGUCCUGCUGGCCGGAGCAGUCCAGUGCUUUUUGGGCUACUUUCUGAUGUGGGCCGCCGUGGUCGGACUUAUUCCCCGGCCUCCGGUGGUGGUGAUGUGUCUUUUCAUGUUGCUAGCGGCACAUGCUCAGUCGUUCUUCAACACUUCUAAUGCGGUCACUGGUGUCAGGAACUUCCCUUAUUAUAAAGGCACCAUUGUUGGCAUCAUGAAGGGAUUUCUUGGUCUGAGUGGAGCAAUAAUAAUUCAAAUAUAUCAGAUCUUUAUGUACGAAAAAACCACUUCAUAUCUUCUGAUGCUAGCACUGCUGCCUCCAAUAAAUACUUUGUUGCUUAUGUGGUUUGUGAGAAUCCACGACACGAAGGAAGGAAACGAGAAGCAGCAUCUGGAUGGUCUCUCGAUAAUUGCUCUUGUUGUUGCGGCUUACCUUAUGUGCAUUAUACUAUUAGAGAACUUUAUCACUCUGCCAUUAGCCAUACGUGUUGUUUGUUUUGUUGUACUUGUCUUGCUGCUUGCCUCGCCUCUUUGUGUUGUAAUCAGAGCACAUCAAGGGGAGUUGGAUAGUGUUUCAGAGCCUUUCUUAACUGAGGGUGACCGUUUAGAAGAUGGUAAUGAUAAAAGGAGUUUGCGGUCUGAUAUACACCUGAAUCUAUUACAAGCAAUGUGCACAAUAGACUUCUGGAUUUUGUUUAUUGCCAUGGUAUGUGGAAUGGGCUCGGGACUUGCAGUGGUUAAUAAUCUUAGCCAAAUAGGACAAUCGCUUGGUUACAGAAACUUUGAGAUAAGUACUUUGGUUUCUUUGCUGAGCAUAUGGAAUUUCUUUGGUCGUUUGGGAGCUGGAUAUAUAUCGGAUUGUUUCCUGCAUCGGAAAGGAUGGGCAAGGCCAUUGUUCAUGGUCAUCACUCUAGCAUCCAUGAGCAUUGGCCAUCUGGUGAUUGCUUCUGGUAUGCCUGGUGCUCUCUAUACUGGAUCUGUAUUGGUGGGUGUGUGUUACGGUUCUCAAUGGUCACUAAUGCCAACAAUCACUUCUGAGAUAUUUGGUGUGCUACAUAUGGGGACCAUCUUCAAUGCCAUUACCAUUGCCAGUCCUGUUGGUUCUUAUAUCUUUUCUGUGAGAGUGAUCGGAUAUAUUUAUGACAAGGAGGCAUCAGAACCAGAGAAUACAUGCUUUGGAACUCAAUGCUUUAUGUUAUCAUUCCUUAUUAUGGCAGCUGCUACCCUUUUUGGGGCUCUUGCUGCCUUGGCAUUGUUCUUUCGGACGAGAAGUUUCUAUAGUCAGGACAUUGAUGGAAACCGCAACAGGUAGAUAUUUCUUUCCUGCAGCAUAUCCAGCAUCCUAGUCCUGUAAUUAAGUAGACCAAUAUAUACUUAUGGCUGCGUUCAUAAUCUUGUUUGGAUAAGCCAAGCUGUAAUGGAAAUGAUUAUAAGUCUUCUGAUCUAGAAUCCUAGGCAGAUGAAUCUAGAGUUCUUAUGGAUGAUGAGAUAUUACGAUCGUUGACAAAGUUGCAACAUAAAAUGCGAUUGUUUUCGAGGACUGGCUGUGGUUGCAGACAAGACUAUGACUAUCUAUAUGUUAUCAAGAAAUAAUGUUUUGGCAUCGUCUAUUACAAGGGAACAGAAUGAUAAUGGAAAUGUUGUAUAUACCUGUUGUCUAGACUCGGUGUUUAAGUCGCUGGACAUUGUGACGUUUCCAUCGAUUGCAGAGCAGAGAAGCGAGUGUUUGGUUCAUUUGGGUAACCUGGAGUUUUGUCUAGUCCAGAGUGGCUUCUACUACAGAUGUUAUGAUUAUCAAUCUGUUAUUAAAGUCACCGGACUUGAGCUUGUGGGAGAUAACAAAAUCGAGAUCAGACAUUCAACAGUUAUUGAGCUGCCUCUUGACGAUUUUGAGGUAUUUCAUGUUCAACUCUGCUUCUCGCCUGAUUGUGAGGAUUUUGUGUCAGAAUCAGAAGAUGAGCAAAGUGAUAAUGUUGACUUCACCUUCAAGCCAGACUGAAAUUGUCAAACCAAAACAAGAAGUAGAAUCAAUGGUCGAUACCAGUUGCCAACAAUCCAUUCACAAUAUAUAAUCAGAUACUGAUUUCUUUAUCAUUCUAAUGUAUUGAGCUCAAUCUAGGUGUUUCGUUUGGAUGCUUGUAAUUGUUUGGAGUAUUUAUGUAGGCAUUUUUGUCUUACUGUAUGGUUUA